CAGCCGGAACAACCGCUGGAGGGCAGCGUUGAGAUCGCCGCCGUGCCAGAUGGCGUUGCCGCGGAGCGAAGUGGUGGAGUUGCUUCCACCUCGGACGUGGCAGCGGUGCCCGCGGACUUCAAAAGCCUCGGCCUGUCGGAGUGGCUCUGUGGCGUGUGCAAGUCUCUGGGGAUGAACACGCCUACGGAGGUGCAGCGUGGCUGUAUCCCAGCCAUCUUGCAGGGCCGCGACGUGAUCGGCCUGGCACAAACCGGCAGCGGCAAGACCGCCGCCUUUGCGCUGCCCAUCCUCCAAGUCCUAGCCAAGGACCCCUACGGCGUCUUCGCGCUGGUGCUCACGCCGACUAGGGAGCUGGCGGCUCAAAUUUGUGAGCAGUUCCGAGCCUUGGGUGCGGGCAUGAGACUCAAGGAGCUGGUGAUAAUAGGCGGUGUGGACAUGCAGCACCAGGCCAGGGAGCUAGCCAGGAGGCCCCACGUGGUGGUGGCCACGCCGGGCCGGCUGAGGGGUCUGCUCGAUGCUGACGGGGGGCUGUCCGCGGGUUUGAGCCGCACGCGGUUCCUAGUACUGGAUGAGGCGGACCGUGUGCUGGACCCUACGUUUGAAGACGACCUAAGGUAUGUGCGCUUCUGCCUCCGACAGGACCGUCAGACGCUCCUGUUCUCAGCCACAAUGACACGAUCACUCAUAGCGCUGCAGAAGGCCUCACUACAAGAUGCGCACGUAUUCCAGGCGUACGAGGGUCUUCGCACCGCCGACCGCCUCCGUGAGGAGUACCUGUUCCUGCCGGCCAAGGUGAAGGAGGUGUACCUGCACUACCUGCUCACGGUCGUGGUGCCGGCCCGCAAGGUCCGCUCCGCCAUCAUCUUCUGCAGCACCUGCCGGGGCUGCCACCUGCUGUCGGUGCUGCUGGAGGAGCUGGGGCUGCCGGCGGCGGCCCUGCACUCUGGUAAGAGCCAGAAGGCCCGCCUGUCCGCCCUGGCUCGGUUCAAGAGCGAGCAGGUGCCCCUGCUGCUGGCCACCGAUGUGGCAUCGCGAGGUCUGGACAUACCCACCGUGGACCUCGUGGUCAACUACGACCUGCCGGUGCUGGCCAGGGACUACGUGCACAGGGUUGGUCGUACAGCACGUGCCGGCCGUAGCGGUUGGUCGUUGAGUCUGGUGACCCAGUACGACGUUCAGUUGGUGCAUGCCAUUGAGGAGCUCAUCGGACACAAGUUGGACGAGCACAAAUUGGACGAGGAUGAGGUUCUGAAGGGCAUUACGAAGGUA